GCUCGAUGCAUUUCCUCCAUCCCCGGCUGCCUAAAGCUACCCGCAUCCCCAUCCUGGCUCCCGGCCCUCUGAGUCGAACGCGGCCAAUUCUCAGAGUCGUAUUGCAUGUUCCAGACCUUUCCCGCACGUAAGACCACCGAGCAUCGCCAUCCAGACCGUGACAAAAGAGGCCAAUUGCGACACAAUCUUAAGGCAAUCGCAGCGUCCUUUCUUCAAACAGCUCGUCUCGGACAGUCUCGGCCAGGCUAAUAGCGGCAUCAUGUCGUCCUGUUUCGGCUGGGGCCGCCGCAGGGGCUCUGAUGCGGAGCGAGAGCCUCUCCUGCCUCAGUAUGAGCAAGAGACGCACAUGCAGCGCGAGCUCUAUCGCAAGCUUCACAGCUACCAGAUGCUCCGCGCCCUCGUGCAGGGCUACAUGCCCACGACCGAGCAGGCCAUUGUCAACCUCAGGACUCUGCUGGCAGCGGACGUGCUCAACCCUGACAACCCGGACCUCUCCGACAGCGGCCGCAGACUCGUCCGCCUCGUCAAGCUGUGGAUCGAGCAGUUCAUCGGCCUGCUGCAGCACAAGAACGGCGCCGACCAGAUCCAGGACCUCAUCUGGUUCCUCACGAAGAGCCGCAUCUCCGUCGACGUCGAGGACCUUGCUGCCCGAGCCAAGAAGACAAAGGUCAAGGCCGACACUGCCGCCGCAUACCAGAGCCUGCGCACCGUCGGCUCUCUCCUGAUCACCAAUCCGGAUUUCCGCAAGUUCCUCGACGAUCUCAACGUCGUCGGCCGCGAGAUAUUCCGCGACUCGGCUCUCGCACUGAGCGAUGCGGCCAAGGACACCGCGAAACAGAUCGAGCCCUCUGAGCAGGACCAGGCGAGCGCCGCGAGCUUGAACAAGAAGCAGAACGGCAAGGCUCCAUCUACAGAAGAGCUCGAGCAAGAAUUCGCAGAGGUCGGCAAGGUCGUCGCCGAGCAUGGCGCCGAUGUCGCCAAGGCAACGGCGGAGAGUGCAAAGGACAAGUUAGCUGGAGAUGAAGGGCAGGCCCUGAUGAAACGGAUUCAACAGGCUGUGCUCAAUCUGAGGAAACGCAAGGAUUACCGGGACUCUGUGUCAGUCCUGGGCCUGCUCAUCAAGAGAUACGCCAUCGUCUACUCACGAGCAGCCGAGGUGAUCGCAGAGGUCGCGCAAGGCGACGUCCACGAGAAUCAAGAGACCGAUCGCGCACUGAAGAACUUGUGGGCUUUUGUCAAGACUUUCGGUGAUGAGAAGGAAUGGGACAAGUGCGAGGAGCUGCUCCACAAGGUCAUGAGCCACAAGGAGAAGGACCCCGAAUUUGAGGAUCUGCUGCAGAGCGUGGCGGACAGUCUCCAGCAACUUCUGACCGACCCCGAGUUCUUCAACAAAGCCGACGAGAGACUCGAGGAGCUACGCGAGAAGAGUCGCAAGGUUGGCAAUGAGAGUAGCCUGAAGAGGGAUGUGGACGAGCUCCUUGGGCAGUUGUCCGUCACUAUCCAGAGUGUCGUCCGGGAUGAGGACAUCCACAAUCUCACCACCACCACACUUCGCAUUUUCGGUGUUCUCUCCCCUAGCAACGCAAUCGCCAACACUGACCUUAUCCACGACGCGCUCAAUGUUUUCAUCCCGCUCGUUAUCUCCGCAAUCCAGCACCUGCCAAUUCCUCGUCUUGAGGUCAGCACACCCGCCAUUGAUCUGUUGCUGGAGAAUCUCAUCAUCGAGCCUGGAAAGACUGUCAACAACACCUCGUUCCUCCCCUACCGGCUCAAGAUUGAAAACUACAACGAUGUCGAGAUUCGCAAGGCGAGAUUCAGCACUUUCACCAGCACCAAGAACUUGAUGCUUAUCAAGAUUGAUGGGCUAUCUUUACGCGCAGAUGAGCUGGGGUUCUGGUUCAAGACGCACGCAGGAUUCCUGCGUUUCAAAGAUAUGGGCAUUGCGAGCUUCGCGCUUGAUGAGCGCGGAAUCGACAUUCAUCUGGAGGUUGAGAUCUGCCGCGAGAGGAUGGAGUCUAUCCUGACUCUGCGCGGUGUUCGUGUCCGAGUGCACAAGCUCAACUACCAGAUCCGGCAGAGCAAGUUUGCAUGGCUGGCAUGGCUGAUCAAGCCGCUGCUGUGUCCGAUCCUCAAGGCCACUAUGGAAGCCCAACUGGCAAAGUCGAUUGGCGAACUUCUGCACGUUGCUAAUCGUGAGCUUCUGUACGCGCGGGAGCGGCUGCGGGCCACUCGGAUCGCCAAUCCCAAUGAUCUUUGGACUUUCAUCAGAGCUGUGGCUGCCCGACUGGUGCCAGAGGAAGACCCCGACUUGUACACGCGCGUGGGUGUCGACGAGCCCGGUCGCGGUGUCUUCAAGGGAGUCUACACGCCAGCGAGCAUUACCAAGAUCUGGCACGAGGAGGCUGAGAGGGCCAAGGAUCGCAUCGAGGAGUUUGAGGCUGGGGGCUGGAAGAAUGACGUCUUCAACACACACGUGCAGGCUCUCACCUGAUCUGCUUCUCUUUUUCUUAAUGUAGUCUUCGCGCGGCUUGGAUUUUCGGCAUCAUUUUAGGGGUUCUGGGGCGGUUUCUUUGGUUCUCAGCAAUAUCAACUAGCGGUCUGUUAAAAACGGUGUUUGGGAAGCAAUUGAGAAAAAAAUCAUCCAGCACGCGAUGUAUACACUGUCGG